UGACAGUUGGCCUAUUCCCAUUUUUUGAAUUUAAAAAUACUAUAAAAUCUGCUUUGAUUCCCAUCUGAUUUGAGUUGGAAGUACGGUCGGACCCUUUUGAAUAAACACCCCAGUUUUCCUUAUUGCUUUUGGUUUCAACUAGUAUUGAAGUGCUCCUGGUGAUACAGCCUCAGUCCACUGUCAUCGGUUUAGUUGUCGUGUGUCGUGUCAACAGAUUUAGAUAUUACUUAAAAUUUAAUUCUUUUCUUUUUUUUUUUGUAUUUGUCGUUUGUCUUUUCAAACUUGGUUGGUUAAAGCUUCUUGUUUGUUGUUGAGUCUUGUUGUUUAAGUUUAGAAUAGAGUAGAAUAACCAAGGAAAUGACGUCCACUUCUCCAGUAUACUGCUUUAUAUCUGCUGGUAAUAUGCAUUGCAUACCGGUGACCUCGUUCACUGAUAAUUCAAUAGCCUCGAUCUCGAUGACCAACUCUUCUAAUGACUCCAGUGACUCUGAUAACGAGUUGGUACCAAGAAAGGAGUCAAAAUCCAUUAAAAUGUCUAUUAAGCAUAAAAAUUUACUUUUCUCUUUACACAAUCCCUCGUUAUCUGACUUGACUAGCUCAAAUAAAAAGGAUGUUACGUUAAGUCCUCCACUUACCUCGGAGGAGGAGUCUGCUCAGAUCUCAACUAUACUAGAUAACUACUCUACCCAUGCAAUUUACUUACCUCAAUUUCAAAUAAACUUGUCGGAAAACGUUGAUAGUGAUUAUAUCCAAAUUAAAAAAUUAUUAUCAAAAGUAUUCCCAACCACUUGGAAUAAUAAAUCCAAUAUUACCAUUAAAAGAUUGACGGGAGGUAUAACAAACAUGUUGCUUUCUUGUAACUAUACCGAUCCAACCACUCAUUUCAAUCAUACCGUUUUAAUGAGAGUUUAUGGUCAAGGUACAAAUUUAAUCAUCGAUAGACACCGUGAGUUUGUCAGUCAUUUGGUUUUAAAUUCUCUUCAUUUGGCUCCUACAAUCCACGCCCGUUUUGCAAAUGGUUUAAUUUAUGGGUUCUUACCCGGUCGCUCUUUAGAAUAUAAUGAAUUAAAACAUCCCAAAUUAUUCCCCCUAAUUGCUCAACAGUUAGGUAAUUGGCAUAAUAAAAUUAAAAGUGAUUAUAUCGAUGAUGGAGUUGGAAAAUUAAAUAAUUACACUUUAUUAUUAAAAUCUUCAAAUAAAAAACAAAAACUUGAUCCAAAUAAUAAUCCAAAAAAGGCAAUAAUAACUAGUAUUUGGGAUUUAAUAGAAGAUUGGAUUAAAAAUGUCCCAACCACUCAAGGAUUAAUUGACUCAUUCAAUGAAAAUAAUAACACAAAUGAAGUUGAUAAAUCAAAUUUGAAAUCUUAUAUCAAGAAAGAAUUCGAUUGGUUAAAAUCAACCUUGAAUGAAUCAGUUAAAUCUCCAAUUGUCUCAAGUCAUUGUGAUUUGCUUUCAGGUAAUAUUAUUGUCCCUAAUUCUGAUGAAUACUCGGAAGCUAACUUAGCUAAAUCCUUCAAUGAUGAACCAAUUAAAUUAAAAGAUGACCUUUCAAAUCCAAUCCAAUUCAUUGAUUAUGAAUAUAUGUUGCCUGCUCCAAGAGCUUUUGAUAUAGCAAAUCAUUUGGCUGAAUACCAAGGCUUUGAUUGUGAUCGUCUGGCAAUUCCUGAAGCCUCUUUUACAAACCCAUUCCUAAUCGAAUGGUGUCGUGGAUAUCUCAGUAAUGAGUUAGAUUCAAAUAACAGUGAUAAAAAUGACCGUUUGAUACAUGAUUUAUUAAAUGAAAUUAUAAGCUACUAUGGUAUGCCAGGAUUUUAUUGGGGUAUUUGGGCUUCUAUCCAAAGUGAAAUUUCCAACAUUGAUUUCAAUUAUUCCAAUUAUUCAAAAUUAAGAUUACAAGAAUAUUGGGAUUGGAAAGAAAAAUUCACUCAAUCUUUAAACCUUUGA